AUGUCACUUCCCCAGCAGGGUAGACUUGUUUCUCACACACUGUCCAGCGUCGUACGCUCUCCCGUCACUUAUCGACCAACAUGCUUUGGUAUGCCUGUUCGCAUUUCCAGCCGGCCUUACCACAGAGUUCUCGAAGGGCCUGAUAACCAUGUAGAUAAACUUAGUAGAGGGUAUAUGACAGCAGUUGUCAUUCCGGAUAAGCAAUGUCUUCGCGGAAGACCGACAUCUUUGUACUGCUUGUUAUUUAAUUCACAAACUUCUAUUGGAACUGCUGUUGUUUCAUAUGCUGUUUAUUCGAUCUUUUCAAGUGCCACUGGAAGUGCUUACAAUGUUAUAUAUUGUACUGAUGAGAAUCAUAAUACAACCACACGACCACAGACAUCCACGCCCAUUAUAUAUGAUACGAACAAUAUUCCACCACUAUUCUCUUUUCCUAGUGGAGAAAUUAGGAAUGACAGAAACCGUAACAGAAAUGGUGGAAAUGGUGGAAACAAUGAGAACCAACAGAACGUCCAGCAGAUGGUUAUGGGUGGAACAUUAGGCUUUGCGUCCGGAUAUUUGGUGAAGAAAGUCAGUAAAUUAGCUGCCUUGGCACUGGGAGCUGCAUUUGUCAUCAUUCAAGUGAUGGAGGUGCAGGGAUAUCAUUUGAAUUUGAGUCAGUAUUGGGGGGAAAUGGAGCCAUACUAUCUACAGGUGCUUGAUUUAGAUCGAGAUGGAAGAGUAACAGAGAGAGAUCUUCGACAAGUGGCCAAUAAUGCGAUGGAGUUUGUUAAGAAUACUCUUCACGCAGAUAUGAGUUUUGCCAUUGGAUUCGCGGUUGGGUUGAAAUAUGGCUAG